UGUCGGAAGAUCCACUACGACACCAGGAAGAUUCACAUUCUUCCUCUCACCUAGCAUAGCAGUGUUCUCACAACGGCAUCUAACUGUUCCAGCAACUGAAUCACAUGACAAGACUGUGAGGGUAAUGGUGCCAUCUGCACACAAGAUGGUGUUUCCAGGCUUCAAGUCCACAGGCAAUUUUUUGUAG